AUGCCUCAACCAACAAAAGCAUACAAACCGCAACCAGCCUCGCAAAAGCGGUCUGCAAAACUAUCCGCAAAACCACAAAAUACUCGCCCAUCAACCACCUCCACUGCUCGCUCAAAACCAACGAACCCCACACAAAGAGACGACACGGACCUCCUCCUCCUCCACUCCGCUCAACGCACCCUCCUCUCACCCUCCUCCCCCGAACAAUACCUCCUCCACGCCCUCAUCACCGCCUUCCCACCCACACCCACCACCACCACCGACUCGACCGCAGAACACCUCCGCACCAUAAAAACCCACUUCUUCAACCGAAACUACGCCGCAAUAUUCACCACCGAGUCGCUGCUACCUGUUUAUGCCGCCGAGUAUAUCCCGAGCCGCGCGCUAUGCUAUAGGGAGAUGUUUAUGCGGGUGAAGGCGGUGAGGGAGGUGAUGGUCAAGGGAGGAAAGAUGUGUUGUUUGGGCGCCGGGAACGGGAGUGAGCUGGUGGGCGUGGUGGCGGCGAUGUGUGGCAUGGAGGUGUUUGGGCUCAAGAAGAGGAUUCCGACGACGGACGAGUCAUCAUCACCACAAGCACCACGAAUACCAUCGCAUCUGGAAGUUCAUAUCCAGGAUUUGGCCAAUUACGGCACGGUCCUCCCCUCCCUCCUCGCCAGCCUACAACAGCACUACCCCACCGCAUCAUCCCACGUGCACCUAACAACAAGCGUCUCAGACCUCCUCCAACCCACACCCACCCAAAUCACCACUCUAAAAGAAACCAUCUCAACAUCGUCCCUAACAACCGCCAUGUUCCUCCUCAACGAGCUCCUAACCACUAACAAAUCCGCAUUCGUCAAAUUCAUCACCCUCCUCAUGGACGCCCUCACCCCCGGCUCCUUACUCCUAGUAGUCGACUCGGCAGGCAGUUUCUCAGAGUGCAGUGUUGGGGGUGACGCGGGGAAGAGGGAGUAUAUGGUUUAUCAAUUGCUGGAUAAUAUGAGGUGUCUGGAGACGGUGGAGAGUGAGGAUGCGAUUUGGUAUCGGUUUCCCGAGGGGUUGAGGUAUCCGACCAGGCUGAAUAAUAUGAGGUAUUUUCUCAGACUGUAUCGGAAGGCGUAG